AUUGCUAUGGCGGAAAAAAACUCCAACACCAAUGAGGAUGGCUUGAGGAAAGGUCUUUGGAGUAUAGAAGAAGACAUGAUGCUGAUCGAGUACGUGGGGAGAUACGGGGUGGAUAAUUGGAAUGAUGUGCAGAAUAAUUCUGGGUUGCUCAGGUGUGGCCAAAGUUGUCGGCUUAGGUGGUUGAAUCAUCUACAGCCUGGUAUCAAGAAGGGUGCAAUUUCUGAUGAAGAAGAAAGAACCAUCAUGGAACUUCAUGCAAUGUUUGGGAACAAAUGGGCCCAAAUGGCUACACAGCUACCUGGCAGGACUGACAAUGAGAUCAAGAACUUUUGGAACUGCCGGGUGAAAAAGCUUGAGAAAGCAGGGUUACCCCUUUAUACCCCAGAAGCUCUUGCAAAAGCGGAAGUUUAUCAUCAGCAACAAAAGGAGGAGCAAUUUCAGCAACUUCAACAGAUAUUGUCUUCGCCAUUGUUUGCAGUCGAUGAUUAUCUCAACAACCUUGGUGUUCUGCUGCCAAAUCAGCCAACUGCUGCAAACCCUCUGGCAAACCACCUUGAUCCUACUGAAAAUUAUUACUUCAGUCCAUACCCGCCGUCGCCGCCACCACCGCUGCCGCAGUUUGAGUUGCGUCUGUCCCCUGUUUCAGGAUUGGGGUUCCAUGUUUCUGCAUUGAACCCGAGUUUUGCUUAUGUAACAGGCUCGACCUCUGAGAUAUCUGCAACCAUAACCGCCACACCUGAUGGCCCUGUUACCCCCGUUUCAUCCCAUUCUAGUGAAAUUGAUGGCUGGUUUGAAGCUACAAGCAACAUGGGCAAUUACUAUUAUGAAGUUACUGCACCGUUCUUAUCUCCUCCUCGUGCAGGAAACACUGGCUUGUUGGGUGAUACGGUGCUUGAUGCAAAGAAUCUCUCUCGUAAUAACAAGGGGAAGGCCAUAAUGGCUGAUCAAGAUGAUGCCGAUGAAGGAACUAGCAACACUGUGAAGAAGAACAAUGCUGAAGCUACCAAUGAGAACCAGAGCAGUGAGCUUAGCAAUUUUCAAUUCUCACCAGGUGCAAAUCCAAUUGGAGAUUAUGAUGAACUGUGUAGCUUGAUCAAUUUUUCAGCGCUGAUCAAGAAUUGCAUGUCAUGGCUUUUUGGAGAUUCUGGGAGCAACAGCGACGUGUCUAAAUAG